AUGGAAGACUCUCAUGACUCUAGCAUAACAGGAUCACAAGAAAUGGAAAGUAUUGGACUAUCAAAAAGAAGUGGCAUUUACUUGACAUGGAAGGAUUUGUGGGUGACGGUGCAGGACAAGGUGGGGGGACGGCGGCCCAUCCUUCAGGGACUCACUGGCUGCGUCCAACCAGGUGAAGUUUUAGCCAUCAUGGGUCCUUCUGGUUGUGGCAAGUCUACUCUUCUUGAUGCAUUAGCAGGAAGAUUAGAUUCAAACACAAGACAGCGUGGAGAAAUCCUUGUCAAUGGUGGAAGGAAACAGCUAGGUUUCGGAACUUCGGCCUAUGUGACGCAAGAUGAUAUCCUAAUGACAACAUUGACUGUAAGAGAAGCUGUUUACUACUCAGCUCAACUCCAACUCCCUGAUUCCAUGUCUAAAUCCGAGAAGAAGGAAAGAGCCGAAGCCACAAUUAAAGAAAUGGGAUUACAAGAUGCCAUUGACACAAGAAUUGGAGGAUGGAAUGUAAAAGGUCUUAGCGGAGGGCAAAAGAGAAGAGUAAGCAUUUGUAUUGAAAUCUUGACGCGUCCAAAGCUUCUCUUCCUCGACGAGCCUACAAGUGGAUUGGACAGUGCAGCAUCUUACCAUGUUAUGAGUAGAAUUAUCAAACUCGCCCAACAAGACAGAAGGACUGUAAUUGCAUCUAUUCAUCAGCCAAGUAGUGAAGUAUUUGAGCUUUUUCACAAUCUCUGCCUUUUGUCCUCUGGUAGAACAGUCUAUUUUGGUUCAACUUCGGCAGCAAACGAGUUUUUUGCUUUAAAUGGCUUUCCUUGUCCACCUAUGAGGAAUCCAUCAGAUCACUAUCUGAGGACAAUUAAUCAGGAUUUUGAUGAGGAUAUUGAACAAGGAUUUGGUGAAAAGAGAAGCACCAAAAGAGCAAUUACCCUUCUUGUGGAAUCAUACAAGUCCUCAGAGAAUUUUCAGCAAGUUCAGCAAUUGGUAAAUGAUAUUCGCCUACAGAUUAAUGUUGGAUCAGUAGAGAAAACUGGAAGCCAGAAGUCAGGAUUCAUUACACAAUGUCUUGUUCUAACAAAGAGAUCUUUCGUGAACAUGUAUCGUGACCCCGGUUAUUACUGGCUUCGCUUUGCUAUAUACAUGGCUUUGUGCUUGUGUGUCGGCACUAUCUUUUAUGAUAUUGGCUCUGAUUAUGGUUCCAUCCAGGCUAGGGGUUCCGUGCUCAUGUUCGUUGUAUCGUUCAUGACCUUUUUGGCAAUUGGAGGAUUCCCUUCCUUCGCGGAGGAAAUGAAAAUUUUCUCCCGAGAAAGAAUGAAUGGACACUAUGGUGUGGCAUCUUUUAUUGUUGGAAACACAUUAUCUUCCAUUCCAUACUUGCUAUUAAUCUCCAUAGUCCCUGGAGCAAUGGCUUACUACCUUAUUGGCCUACAAAACGGCAUAUCCCACUUUGCCUACUUCGCAUUGAUGCUUUUCGCCUGCAUGAUAUUAGUCGAAAGCCUAAUGAUGAUUGUCGCAAGCGCAGUGCCGAAUUAUCUCCUGGGAAUCAUAACAGGUGCUGGAAUUCAAGGCAUAAUGAUACUAAAUGGAGGAUUUUUUCGGUUGCCAAAUGAUCUUCCACGUCCAGUUUGGAAAUAUCCAGGUUAUUACAUUUCUUUCCAUAAAUAUGCAAAUGAAGGAUUCUACAAGAAUGAGUUUCAAGGGCUAGUAUUUCCUAACCUGCAAGUUGGAGGGCCAUCUAAAAUUACUGGUGAUGAGAUUCUGACAAAAUAUUGGCAAAUGGAUACCAGUUUCUCCAAGUGGAUUGAUAUUGCAAUUGUAUUUGGCAUGGUGAUUGGAUAUAGGGUUCUAUCUUUUGGAAUUGUUAAAGGCAUGGAAAAGCUAAAGCCCAUGAUUAGAAAAUGUUUGGCUUGCUCAGCUAAAAAACGGACUGAUAUUGAAGACGAAUGA